AUGUCACUGCAAGCUGAGAGAAGGAGACCCAAGCAGAAAACCUGGCCAAACCAAGAUAAUGGCAUGGAGAAAUUAAGGGUUCUGAAGGACGUGUCAGACAUAAAUAUACUCAAUACCAACACCAGAAGACUCUUUAGGAAAAACAAAUGGAACAGAUCCUCUUCUGAGUCAGUGAGGGAAUUCAUCCUUCUGGGUUUCCCCUGCAGCAGGGAAAUUCAGGUUGUCUUGUUUAUGUUCUUCUCAAUCGUCUACCUCCUGACUCUCAUGGGAAAUGGAGCCAUUAUUGGUGCUGUGUGUUGGGACCAGCAUCUCCACACACCCAUGUACAUCCUACUGGGGAAUUUUGCAUUCCUGGAGAUCUGGUAUGUCAAUUCCACUGUUCCAAACACACUGAUCAUCUUCCUCUCAGAGACCAAAGCUAUCUCUUUCACUGGAUGCUUCCUUCAAUUAUAUUUUUUCUUUUCCAUAGGCUCUACUGAGUGCUUCUUUCUCUCAGCAGUGGCCUUUGAUCGCUAUUUUGCCAUCUGUCAUCCUCUGCAUUAUGCCACAGUUAUGACAGGACAACGUUGGUUCAACCUAGCGAUUUCCUGUUGGGUAUGUGGCUUUCUCUGGUAUAUGGUACCUGUUAUUCUCAUCUCCAAACUGCCUUUCUGUGGUCCUAAUACAAUUGAUCAUUUCGUAUGUGACUCAGGCCCAUUACUGACCCUUUCAUGUGCUCCUGCCCCCAUGUCUAAGCUCAUCAGCUAUACCCUAAGCUCCCUCAUCAUCCUUCUGAGCUUCUUUUUCAUCCUCAUCUCCUAUGCCCUGGUUCUACUUGCUGUGCUUCGGUUGCCAUCAGCAUCCAGUUGGAAUAAGGCCUUUUCAACAUGUGGGUCCCAUCUGUCUGUGAUGUUGCUGUUCUAUGGGACAAUAACGGUGAUGCAUGUGAGCCCUGGAUCCAGCCACUCUACCCUGAUGCCAAAGAUCAUGACUUUGUUCUACGCAAUGGUAACUCCACUCUUCAACCCUUUGAUUUACAGUCUCAGAAAUAAAGAAAUGAAAAAUGCUCUCUGGAAAGCCCUGGGAAAGUUUGAAAUUUCUUUAAAAGUUUUUGGCAGCAGACCCAGAAGAAGUGUGGAAUAA